UUCCUUAAAGACAACAACAUUAUUUACGUUCAUCCAUCCCUCCAUCCAUCCAUCAAUAGUGAUGAAUAAUGAAAAAAACAAAACAACACAGCAGAAUUGAGUCACGCGCCGUCUCCUCCUGAAUAAGAUAGAGUAGCAAACACAACAACAACUUAUCAUAAUUCUCAAUACAUAAUCCAAUUCAAAUCACCAUCACCGAUGGCCGUGGACUUUAGCUACAUCCCCAUAAUUGAUAUUAGUCCUCUUUUAGCCAAAUCAGAUGACCCCAAAAUGGCUCAAGACCCUGGAGUACGUGAUGUUGUUGCACAAUUGGAUAAAGCUUGUACUGAAGCUGGCUUCUUUUAUGUGAAAGGCCAUGGUAUUCCUAAUACACUUCUCAAAGGAGUUAGAGAUAUAACGCGUAGAUUCUUUGAACUUCCGUAUGAAGAAAAGGCAAAGAUCAAAAUGACUCCAGCAAACGGGUUCAGAGGAUACGAAAAGAUUGGAGAAAAUAUAACUGAAGGUACACCGGAUAUGCAUGAAGCUAUUGAUUGCUAUAGGGAAGUGACUAAAGGCAUGUAUGGAGAUCUUGGCAAAGUUAUGGAAGGAUACAACCAGUGGCCACAAAAUCCUCCAAAGUUCAAAGUUCUUAUGGAGGAAUAUAUUAGUCUCUGCAAAGGCAUGGUUUCUCCUAGCCUAUUUAGCUUUUUCCGGUCAAGUAAGUUCCUCCGAUUGAAGUUGUUUUUCUUAUAUGUUGUUCUUUUGGUUGGAGCAGAUCUUGCGAGGAAAAUUAUGCGUGGGAUUGCUUUAGCAUUAGGUGGAUCACCGUAUGAAUUUGAAGGUGAUAGAGCUGGUGAUCCAUUUUGGGUAAUGCGUAUAAUCGGUUACCCUGGUGUAUCCACUGUAAAUGACAUUGGAUGUGGAGCUCACACAGAUUAUGGUUUAUUGACAUUGUUGAACCAAGAUGACGACAUAAAUGCACUUCAGGUAAAAAACUUAUCUGGCGAAUGGAUAUCCGCACCUCCAGUUCCAGGGACAUUUGUGUGCAACAUUGGUGACAUGCUCAAGAUAUACUCCAACGGUUUGUACGAGUCAACUUUGCAUAGGGUGAUAAACAACUCCUCAAAAUAUAGAGUCAGCGUAGUAUAUUUUUACGAGACAAACUUUGAUACUGCGGUAGAGCCAUUGGAUACAUAUAAAACAAGGACAAAUGGCGACAAGAGGUUUGAAAGAGCCGUCUACGGAGAGCAUCUAGUCAGGAAGGUCCUCACAAACUUUGUGGAGGAGUGACUUUUUUUUUCUCUUUUCUAAUGAAUAAUAAGUUAAGUAUCUGGUUGUUGAACUAGCUUCUUUCAUGUCCAUAUCUACUAAGAAUAAUGCUAAGUCAAAAUCAAGCAUUUGAUUA